UUUCGUGGCAAGAACCCGUCUGACUGUCGUCGUCACAGAUGUGAACGACAACGCGCCUCGGUUCCGCUCACCCCCGGUGUUCUUCGUCCGCGAACACGCGCCCAACGGUUCGCUGGUCGGCGUCGUGGAGGCGCUAGAUCCAGAUGCGGGCUGGAACGCGCAGGUCCACUACCGGAUCGUGCCCGAGUCGCAUCCGCAAGCCGUGUUCCUGAUCGAUCCGGUUUUUGGCUAUUUGCAGGUACGAUACAAUACGGUGAAUGGUCGUCUGGAUGGCGCACGCCAACGGCUCUACCACCUUACCUUGGAAGCUUUCGAUAGCGGUCUGGCGACAGUUCACGUGUCCACUAUGCAAAUCACCGUUGUUGUGAUGAAGAGCGAUUGUGACUCUGGAGAUUCAGCAGAAGAUACCAAAUGGAUUUUAAACGAUACUUUUUACGGGAAAGUACUCGAAAACGCUACUCUGGGGCAGCCGGUUGUUCAGGUGCUUGCGGAAUCUGGGGCUGGAGAUGCGGGCGAUAAAACGGAUGACGGUGACGGUGCCGACGUGAAAUUGUUCGAAAUCGAAGGCGGUGACCCGCGAGGAGUGUUUGAGAUCGGCUCACGUUCCGGUCUGAUCACCACACGGAAGCAUCUCGAUGCUGACUUGGAAAGCAGAUAUAAUUUGAGUGUUUCAGUGCGCCACUCGAUCGACGCCCCGAAACAGAUCACACGGGUUCUCAUCGAAGUUGGCGAUCUGAACGACGAGAGUCCACGUUUUGUGAACACUGGUGGUGACCAUUGGCUGCUGAGGCUGGCGGAAAAUCUUCGUGGUCCUUUCCCGAUACAUCUGGGCACGACACUGGCCGAGGAUCGUGACAACUGGAGCAGCCGGAAUGUCAGCAGCACCAUAGCUUACGCGAUUUUACAGGGCAACACCUCACUGUUCGCUGUGGACCCUCAAACCGGGCGUUUGAUGCUGCUUGCACCAUUGGAUCGUGAACUCCAAUCGGAACAUCGUCUGCUGAUCCAGGCACUGGAUUUGGGCGAUGGGCCUCAACGACGGCCUCAAGCCCCCUCCGCCACCGCAACUCUGCAUGUGACCAUUCUGGUAGAGGAUCAGAAUGACAACUGGCCGCACUUUGAGCUGCCCCAGUAUCAAGCUUGGAUCGAAGAGAAUGGUGAGGUCGGGCAGCUGGUAGCGCGGAUUCAAGCCUCGGAUGCGGACUGCGGAGAGAAUGCACGAUUGAGGUGA